AAAGAAGAAACAGUCCGCACUUGUUGUAACUCGGACCCAUUUUCAGGUGGCAAACCCGUUUACUUCCGGUUAAAGCUUUUCGGUUGUCGUCUGAAGUGUUUACUGUUUUAGUAAAUAUGCAGCAACGAGAGGAGAAGCAGUUGGAAGCGUCUGUUGAGUCUCUGAUUUCUCGGGUGGCACAUCUGAAGAAUUCUCUACAGAGUUUCAUCUAUAAGCUAGAAAAUGAAUAUGACCGGCUGAAGUGGCCUUCGGUGCUGGACAACUUUGCACUUUUGUCUGGGCAGCUAAACACCAUCAACAAGCUGUUGCGUAAUGAGAAAACACCGUCUUACCGGAACCAAGUUAUCAUUCCCCUUCUGCUGUCCCCUGACAGAGACGAGGAGCUGGCAAAACUGACAGAGCAGCGUGUACCCGUGUUCAGCCAUGAGAUCGUACCGGACCAUCUGAGGACAAAACCUGACCCAGAAGUAGAAGAGCAGGAGAAACAACUGAGUGCAGACGCUGCCCGGAUUGGACAGGAACUAGCUCAGAAACAGAUCCAGACUCUGAACAAACUCUGCUCCAGCCUUUUGGAGAAGCUCAAUAGCCCUCGAGAUGACAGAGAUGCAGAAUCUUCAGCUAUGCGCCAGAACAAACAGUGGUUCAACCCAACGGACACCAACGCCCUGGUGGCAGCAGUUGGCUUUGGGAAAGGCUUGUCUAAGUGCAGACCGCCUUCUUCAGUGGCUCCUGGACACCCGGGACAAACCAUGAUGACGGGGGGACCCACACUGCAGCAGGUGACCAUUGCUGGGGCUCCUGGACAUCAGACAGGCAUCGGAGCAUCUGUGGCACAGCAGCAGCCUGGCCAGCCUGGGAAAAUGCCAAGCAGCAUAAAGACAAAUAUCAAGUCGGCCUCAGCUUCAAUGCAUCCUUACAACAGAUAACUACAGAAACAGAAGAAUGUUCUGCUUGAGCAUCUAUAUCACGUGUGUGUGAGUGUGUGAGUGUGUGAGUGUGUGAGUGUGUGAGUGUGUGAGUGUGUGAGUGUGUGUGUGAGUGUGUGAGUGAGUGUGUGAGUGUGUGAGUGUGUGAGUGUGUGAGUGUGUGAGUGUGUGUGUGUGUGUGAGUGUGUGAGUGUGAGUGUGUGUGAGUGUGUGUGUGAGUGUGUGUGUGUGUGUGUGUGUGUGUGUGUGUGUGUGUGUGUGUGUGUGAGUGUGUGUGUGUGAGUGUGUGUGUAGGUUUUUCUUAUUAAACACACCCUUGUUCUUUCUACUUAAGUCCUAUGUGAAUUUGUAUAUCUUCUCUCUCUGUUCAUUUGGUUGGGCAUUAAAUCCUUUUCUCACUGCA